GUGAGCUCUGCCGGCCCCGGCCGCCGGCCCCAGGCCAGCCGCUGCCCAGUGGGUUUGCAAGUUCGGCUGCCCGACCUAGAUGUGGGUUUGUUUUAUCUCUUUACUUUUCUCCGUCUUCUUUCGUCUGUUUUUGAUUUUCUGUCUUAGAAAAUAGAACUUUUCCGAGCAGGCGGGGCACAGCUGAAGGCUACUCUGCCCCCACGUGGACGCUCCCCAGGGGAAAAGAAGCCUGGAAGUAAACUUAGCUCGCUGGCCUGAAGGCCUCAACUCUGGUUGGACUGUAAGUUUGGAGUCAUGACCUUCACGCUGGGCAGGUGGGAGUCUUUAUCUGCCUUGGGCUGGACCUGAACCUCCGCCAGCACCCAGAUCUCCCCACCCCAUUCACACCUUGUACCGGGGCUAGGCCCCCGGACACUGAUCUGCAAGCAAUAUGGAUAAAUAUGACGACCUGGGCCUGGAGGCCAGUAAAUUCAUCGAGGACCUGAAUAUGUACGAGGCCUCCAAGGAUGGACUCUUCCGGGUGGACAAAGGUGCCAGCAACAAUCCUGAAUUUGAGGAAACUCGAAGGGUGUUCGCGACCAAGAUGGCCAAAAUCCACCUCCAGCAGCAGCAGCAGCAACAGCAGCUCUUACAGGAGGAGGCCCUGUCUAGGGCUGGCAGAAGCCCUGUCAACGGUGGGAGCCGUCAGGGUGUGAGCAGCAAGCUGACUGCAGAUGGGGCUGCCAAGCCCCCUCUGGCUGCGCCAGCAGUGGCACCUGGAUUAACUACCGCCCCUGUGGCUGUGCCGCCCUCAUACCCAUCUCAGGAGCAGAGGGCCAGGCCAUCUGCCCAUGGUGCAAGGCCUGGCAUUCAGAACUGUGGUUCCAGGGAGGCGCCCGUGAGUUCCCAGAGGCCUGCUUUGCACGGUCUGGGUCCCUGUGAAGACCCUUCCUGCCUCACUCACGGAGACUAUUAUGACAAUUUCUCCCUGGCAAGCCCACAGUGGGGUGAUAAGCCAGAAGCAGCCUCCAGUAUGAAUCUGAGUGUAAAGAGUGGGUGGCCUGGUUGCCCAGGGAAUGAUUCCCCACUGCCCAGAUCCUGCGGGGACCAUCACCCUUACCAACCACAGCUCCCCAUGUGCUCUGGCAGGUCUUUUGAAAGUGGCAUCGGUGGCCAGGAUGGUGGCAUUAGUGGCGACAGCAAUGUGAAGCCAACAGGCCUUUGGUCUACUGCCUCCUCUCAGCGAGUGAACCUCGGCUUUUCCUCUCUGGGCUUAGAGAAUGGGGCCCCAGCUCAACCGAGGAGCACAGCAGUUUCGGCACCUCUGGUCCCCAACAGCACUAGCCAGGGAGCUCGUCUGAGAAGAGAUUCAGGUCUGGGAUGUGAGGCUUCAGGCAGGGUCCACAAACCUACUGUGGACGCCCAGCCUUGGCUGCAGGAUGGGCCCAAGUCUUACCUCUCUGUUUCUGCUCCGUUAUCCUCAACAACUGUCAAGGACGGUACCCAGCCAGGUGUGACUGCCGGGCUGGGUCCUAAGCCUGGAAACAUGGAUUCUGGCACUGGUCCCAAGCCCAGCCCCACCAGCCUUGUCCAUCCGGUGAUAUCCACUCCAUCUGAGUUAUCUUGUAAAGAGGGUCCUCCCAGCUGGUCUACCGACAAUAGCCUGGGACCUCUGCUCUCAGAGAGUUCCACCCCCACCAAGGUGAGGUUGCCCUGCCAGACCCUUGCACCAAGUCCUGAGCUUGGACCCUCCACUGCUGAAUUGAAACUAGAAGCCCUUACCCAGCGUCUGGAGCAAGAGAUGGACGCUCAUCCCAAAGCUGAUUACUUUGGAGCCUGCGUGAAAUGCAGCAAAGGAGUGUUUGGAGCGGGCCAGGCCUGUCAGGCCAUGGGGGACCUCUACCACGACGCGUGUUUCACCUGUGCAGCCUGCAGCAGGAAGUUAAGAGGAAAAGCCUUCUAUUUUGUCAACGGCAAAGUAUUCUGUGAGGAAGACUUUUUGUACUCUGGCUUUCAGCAGUCUGCCGACAGGUGUUUCCUUUGUGGCCAUCUGAUCAUGGACAUGAUCCUGCAGGCCCUAGGGAAGUCCUAUCACCCUGGCUGUUUCCGCUGUGUCAUCUGUAAUGAGUGUCUGGAUGGGGUGCCUUUCACUGUGGACUCCGAGAACAAGAUCUACUGUGUCCGGGAUUACCACAAGGUGCUGGCCCCAAAGUGUGCAGCCUGUGGGCUUCCCAUCCUUCCACCAGAGGGCUCAGAUGAGACCAUCCGUGUUGUGUCCAUGGACAGAGACUACCACGUGGAGUGCUACCACUGUGAGGACUGUGGUCUAGAGCUCAAUGAUGAGGAUGGUCACCGCUGCUACCCGCUGGAGGACCACCUGUUCUGUCACUCCUGCCAUGUCAAGCGGCUGGAGAAAGGACCCUCACCUGCGGCUGUCCACCAGCACCACUUCUAGCCAGAGACACAGUGGGGAUGCAGGGCCAGGGCUGCCCAGGAAGGGUCUGUGGGGUAUUUCUGGGGGUCCCCAGAGCUGGGGCACAGGAGGAGGAGGAGCGACAGGGGUCAGGUUCCUGUGUGUGUGAAGGGUACCUUUCUUUCAACCACAGCAGUGUGCACUCCCCGUCAAGUCUGUGUUUUCUCAGUGCUUUUCCCCGUUGCCGUACCCUCACUAAACCACUCAGGAAGAUGCUCUAGCUUGCACGUGGCGUAUGACACAGGCUGGGCCCGUGUUAACUGGACACAUCCUAUCCCUAGAAAUAGUUUGUGUCUCCUGGGGACAGGCUUUUGGACUGAGCACAUUUCACAGUGUUCUUAGAGAGAGGCAGUGAUGUGAUGAGCAGUGCUUCCCCCCUCCAAGAAGAUACCUGCGCCCACAUAGCCCUCACGUACCCUGUGGUGUGGUUUACAGUUCGUUCCACCUCGGAGCCGUAGUUCCUCUGAGAAUGCUGCAAACUCUCACUACAACAAGAAAGAAGCUUUGUAUCCUCGGAGUUAGCUUGGUAAAGCAGAGCCAAGCUCUGACAUCCGGGAGGCUGGGUCUCCCCAUUGUGCCUCUGCUUUUCCUCCUACUUCUUAGGCAGCUGAGCUGUGACAGGGGCCUGCCCUGUCUCACACAGCCAGCUCUGAGAGAACUGGUGCAGGCACCAGCCUCCUGUACACUGCUUGGUGCUGUUUUUACUUCCUCUAGUCUGACAUUGGAGUUGCUGUCUUGAGGUGAGCCUUAGGCUCUCAUGCGCUCCAUAUCCUGGGAGAGAGCUCCUUUUGAAAGGCUUUUUGUGUGUGAGGUCUCAAAGCUAGCACCAGAGGGAGUGCCUGAGCUUGUUUCAGAGUUCUCUCUCCUGUCACUUCUCAGCACUUCAUUCAGUGUGAAGAAACCAAUAUAAGGUACACUGCCUUUGACUGUUUUUUUUUUCCCUUCAUUAUUUCUCUCCACCUUUUUUCCCACACACAAAACAUACCUCACAGAUAGUUUUCACUAAAUCAUGGAUCGAGGUGGAAUCCACCCAUCAUACUGGAGACUGUUGGUGUAUCAGCAGUGGCUAAUUUCCACUCUUCACUGCAGCUAAGCCAGGUCAUCCAAGACUAGAUGCAGCUGAGAUCAGCACUCCGGCCCCAUGCGCCUUGAAAUGCUGGCUCCUGGGGUAGUCGCGCGAAGAGGGAGACCACACACUGACGAAAUGUUAAGACCACUUCUAGGCUGGAUGUGUGGGCACCUGUCCUUCCACCAUUUGGGAGACUGGUUUGUAAAGCAGGAGUUAAGACUGUCCUCAACACCAGAGGCCCUGGCCUUGCUCAAAAAACUUUAGAGAGAAAAAAUACAAAUCCACCCAGCACUAAAGAACAUAAUUAACCCUGCCUAUCACUUCCUGAAGCCAGAGGUCAGUGUCUUCUUGGCAGUUCAAAUGGGAGAAACUGGAAAACCAAAAACAAAAUGGUUUUCCAGUUGUCCCGUAUCUUCAAGGAGUGCCCCAAACUUGUGGCAGGAAGGGCUGCAGUAUCUAACGUCUGCCAGUCAAGCUGGGCACCCAGCAGCUGGCGUGGGUGAUGAAGCAUGGCCAGUGGAGCCCCGCCACACGUGAAUGUGGACUCUUGACUGGGCCCCAGCUCUACAUGUAGGCUGUUUCAGUCCUGCUGGCCUCUGUUGCCUGUGAGAAGUUCAGAACUGGCCCAGGGGGACCAGGACCAUCUUCUUUAUUUUUUAUAAGGUUUAUUCUAUUGGUAUCUUUUAGCCAGAUGUUACUUCCUUGUUUCCUGUUCUAGAAAUACCCCACCUUUAAAACAAACAAACAAACAAACAAACAACAACAACAACAAAAUUAAGGAUAUAUGGGGCUAAGGAGAUAGACCCUGAAGCCAGGCCCCUUUCUUCCCUUCAACUUAUCUAGUUUGUCUUUGGCAAAGCUGGCAGGAAAAGGAAAUGAACCAAUAUAUCUUUGCCAUCCUUGAGGUGCUGGUUUUGACUCAACAUGAUUGAAAAAAUUUCAUUGGAAUCAAUGUCAAAAGUAUAGGGUAUUUGUUGUCAAAUUGAAUAAUCAGUUUAAAACUCUGUGAUUAAUUUUUUAAAUGAAAUUCCUGAUUGAGGUGAUUCAGAUGUGUUUGCAAAUACAUUUUAUAUUACUGAAAAAAAACAAUAAAGGAAUUUGCAGACUUUCUAGAAACCCUA